AGUGGCAUCAUUAACAGCAAGGCCGUGUCCUUCAUCGGCAAUGGGGUGGUUGUCCACUUACCGGGCUUGUUUGAAGAAGCAGAAAAGAAUGAGAAGAAAGGUCUGAAGGGCUGGGAGAAGAGGCUUGUCAUCUCCGACCGCGCCCACCUCGUGUUUGAUUUCCACCAGGCAGUGGACGGGCUGCAGGAGGUACAGCGACAAGUCCAGGAGGGGAAGAGUAUUGGCACCACCAGGAAGGGAAUCGGGCCAGCCUACUCUUCCAAAGCAGCCCGUACGGGCCUCCGCAUCUGCGACCUCCUGUCGGACUUUGACGAAUUUUCUGCCAGAUUCAAGAACCUGGCCCACCAGCACCAGUCCAUGUUCCCCACUUUGGAAAUAGACAUUGAAGGGCAACUCAAAAGGCUCAAGGGCUUCGCCGAGCGGGUCCGACCCAUGGUCCGAGAUGGCGUGUACUUCAUGUACGAGGCGCUCCACGGCCCCCCGAGGAAGGUCCUCGUGGAGGGCGCCAACGCCGCCCUCCUCGACAUCGACUUCGGGACCUACCCCUUUGUGACAUCAUCCAACUGCACUGUGGGCGGGGUGUGCACUGGCCUAGGCAUCCCCCCCCAGAACAUAGGCGAGGUCUACGGCGUGGUGAAGGCCUACACCACACGCGUGGGCAUCGGCGCCUUCCCCACCGAGCAGAUCAAUGAAAUCGGCAACCUGCUGCAGAGCCGCGGCCACGAGUGGGGUGUGACCACAGGCAGGAAGAGGCGCUGUGGCUGGCUGGACCUGGUGAUUCUGAGAUACGCUCACAUGGUCAAUGGAUUUACCGCGCUGGCCUUGACCAAACUGGACAUCUUGGAUGCCCUGGACGAGAUUAAAGUUGGCGUCUCCUACAAGCUGAAUGGGAAAAGGAUCCCCUAUUUCCCAGCAAACCAAGAGAUACUUCAGAAGGUCGAAGUCGAAUACGAAACGUUGCCUGGGUGGAAAGCAGACACUACGAGUGCCAGGAAGUGGGAGGACCUCCCCGCACAGGCCCAGAGCUACAUCCGCUUUGUGGAGAAUCACAUUGGAGUGCCAGUGAAGUGGGUUGGCGUUGGCAAAUCAAGAGAUUCGAUGAUCCAGCUGUUUUAACAAAGAUGGAGCUGACCCAGCCAGGCCGCGGCGUACAGCCCCUGUCACGUUUCUCAGCGCAAAACCAACACCCUGAACAAAGAAAUAGGCAACUGUUUUCUGUAUUUUGUAGUUCUCUCUUAGCCUUCAGCUCAACCCAUCAAUUUCUACAAUGAUUUAAACAUCUGAAAGCCA